CACGCGGAGAAAACCAUUACCAAAUCCAGAGCAGGAGCGCACGCGGAGCGAUGGCUGCAGCAGCAGCCCUGGAUUGUGUUUACGACGCAGAGCACGAGAGCGGCACAACCGCGGGAGAAGCGGACACCCCGCGCGCGCCCGUUUUUUAAAACGCACAAUCAUUUACGCCAAGUGUCCGCGAGUGAGCUGCCGCGAGGCUGCUCUCCUGCAUCAGCCCGCGCUGAGUCUCCUUCCUCUCGGUGGCUGUAUAUUCCGCUGCUGCUGCUGUUGUUGUUGUUGUUGGAGCAGCUGCAGCCCUAUCACUGAUGAGCAGGAGCGCGAGGAAACGAGACCACUCACCUCCACCUCAAAAUAUCACGCACGACGCCAGCGCGCUGUUACUGGAAUCUAGAGCGGCCCAAUAGCACGGUACCCGGUCCCCCAUCCAGCGGCGCUGCACUCAACUGGGGGAAUCCGAGAGCAUCCCUCCAUCUCACCCAGUCAACCCCCCUCUCUCUCCCUCCCUCCCUCUCUUUCACCCCCCUUCAUAUGCCAGAGCAUUAGGGGGGUCCACAUCUAGUCAGGGGAGGCCAGGUGGGAGGAGGAGGAGGAGGAGGCGGAGGUUUGGCUUGUUCGUGGCCGCGGUAGACGCACCCUCCGCGUGGUGAGGCUGGGCUGAGAGCGCCGCUGUGUCGGAGGAUGCUGCGGGAGUAGAGCGGCCUCAGAGCGGAAGAUGGGGAAGGACCAGGAACUGCUGCAGGCGGUGAAGACCGAGGACCUGCUCACCGUGCAGAAGCUGCUGCAGAGGCCCCGGCCAGGGAAAGCAAAGCUCCUCGGCUCUGCAAAGAAAGUCAACGUCAACUUCCAGGACACAGAUGGGUUUUCUCCGCUGCAUCAUGCGGCCCUCAAUGGGAACCUGGAGCUCAUCACUUUGCUGCUGGAGUCACAGGCUGCUGUCGACAUCAGAGACCAGAAAGGUAUGCGGCCUCUGCACUACGCCGCCUGGCAGGGGAAGGCGGAGCCUAUGAAGAUGCUGCUGAAAUCUGGUUCAUCUGUCAACGGCCAAUCAGACGAAGGACAGAUUCCUCUCCACCUGGCAGCGCAGCACGGUCACUAUGACGUGUCGGAGAUGCUGCUGCAGCACCAGUCCAACCCAUGUAUUGUGGACAACGCUGGGAAAACCCCUCUGGACCUGGCCUGUGAGUUCGGCAGAGUCGGGGUGGUCCAGCUGUUGCUGUCCAGUAACAUGUGUGCUGCUCUGCUGGAGCCCAAAAAAGGAGACACCACCGACCCCAACGGGACGUCUCCUCUCCACCUAGCCGCCAAGAACGGACACAUAGACAUCAUCAGACUGUUGAUCCAGGCGGGUAUCGACAUCAACAGACAGACCAAAGCGGGCACAGCCCUGCAUGAAGCUGCCCUGUGUGGAAAGACCGAGGCAGUGAGACUCCUGCUGGACAGUGGCAUCAAUGCCACAGUGAGAAACACCUACAGUCAGACCGCACUGGACAUCGUCUACCAGUUCACUGCAACGCAAGCCAGCCGAGAGAUCAAACAACUGCUGAGGGGUAGGAUGGAUGGAUCAGUGGAUUGGGAUGCCUCAGCGGCUCUCCAAGUUCGAGCUCUGAAGGAUUACUGCAACAACUACGACCUGACCAGCCUGAACAUCAAAGCAGGAGACGUCAUAACGGUUUUGGAGCAGCACCCUGACGGACGCUGGAAAGGCUGUAUCCAUGACAACCGAACAGGAAAUGACCGGGUGGGCUACUUCCCUUCUACCAUGGUGGAGGUCAUCAGCAAGCGCACAGGUUUGGCCAGCACAGUCAUUUGCACUCAACAGUUUCAAAAGAUACCGCUGGUUCCUCCGGCGACGGUUGCCCCUGCCAACGCGGUAGUCAACGGCAACGACACCACGUUCCAUCAGAUCCAUAUCCUGCCUCCACCGCCUCCUCCUCCACCACAUUCCCAUCAGCCACUGCUUCCACUUUUCACUUCCUUUGGCUAUAACAAGUCGCCCGUGACAACCCCACAGGGAGACACACCCACUGCCCCAGGUUGUCGCGGCUCAGAGGCAAGUCCUCACAGCUCUCCCACCCCAUCCAGUGGGCCCCAUGGAGGCUCCAACGAAGAGAUCUGGGUACUGCGCAAGCCCGUGGCAGGUGGAGACCGCAGCAGUGUGGGUAGUUCAGGCAGUGUGACCAGUGUGAGGUCAUCAGGCAGCGGUCAGAGUGCGGGCAGUGCAGCACACAUCCUCCAUGCACAGGCUGAGGGGGUGAAGCUUCUUGCUACAGUCUUGUCCCAGUCUGCCAAAGCCAAGGAGCAUCUCCUGGAGCAAUCCAAGUCUGUGGAGCAGCCUCCAGCAGGCUCAGCCGGCUCCUCUCGGACAUCGAGCCAAUCGGGCUGUCCACUCCAUGAAGCGCCGCCUUACGAAGCCACAGCAACCAGGAAGGGGGAGGGCCCAGGAGAGGGGAAGAGCUCAGAGGCCGUUGUCCAAUGGCUGAGCGACUUUCAGCUGCAGGUCUACGCUCCAAACUUCCUGGGCGCUGGGUAUGACUUGCCCACCAUUAGCCGAAUGACCCCGGAGGAUCUCACAGCGAUCGGAAUAACUAAACCAGGUCACAGAAAGAAGAUGACAUCAGAGAUUAACAAGCUGAGUGUCACGGAGUGGCUGCCUGAGCAGAAACCUGCCAAUCUAGGAGAGUGGCUGUCUGCUAUUGGUCUAAGCCAGUACCACCAGGUGUUAGUGCAGAACGGUUACGAGAAUAUCGAGUUCAUCACCGACAUCACCUGGGAGGACCUGCAGGAAAUAGGCAUCACCAAACUGGGCCACCAGAAGAAGCUGAUGCUGGCGGUGAAGCGGCUGGCCGAAAUGCAGCGCAGUUCAGAAGGGCGGGGCUCCCUCCGAAAGAAGCCGCCGCCAAUCACGCAGCAGCAGGAAGUCAUGUCUAUGGACAGCCCGCCUCCAGACGAGCUCAUGUCUCCAAAGAUGAGCACCUUCCAGGACAGCGAGCUGAGCACCGAGCUGCAGAGUGCCAUGACACAGCCGGGGCAGGAGGUCAGCAAAGCUCAGAGGACACGCAACCUCAGCAAAGACCAUGACGAGGUAAUAGGAGGAGGAGGUGGAGGUGGUGGAGGAGGAGGUGGCGCUGUGCCACCGAAGAAGGAGGCGCGGACUAUGAGGCAGCAGAGCAGCCAGGGAAGCACGUCCUCUCACAGAAGCAGCGCCUCCUCCCAAGGCAAACACCGUCACUCCCACUCCCACUCCCAGCCUGCGCCUCCCUACACACCCCCUCAUACUCCCACCAAGACUAGGACCUCAUCUUCCUCCUCCACCUCCUCCGCCCAGAGCACAGCGUCCCCGCAGGCCAAACACAAGCCGUCCCCUCCGUUCAUCCAAGGGGAGAGACCUCAGUCUCCGCGAUCCCAUCCCCCUCAGUCUCCAACACACCGUGGAGCCCCGUGUGCCCAGCAACAGCAGCCCCAGCAACAGCAGCAGCCUCAAGUCCAGCCACAGCACCAGGCGCACCCUCAGCACCACCCACAGACGCAGGUCAUGGAGGUUAGGGAGAACCAACAACCACAGGUCCCACUCCUCUGCCUCCCACCAGAGGCCGAGCUGGCUGAGGGAGAAGGAGCAGAGCCUUCAGCGCUCCAGAAGAAACGUGCCCACAGCCUCAACAGAUACGCUGUCUCAGACGGCGAGUGUGACGAGAAACCACGUGGAGGUGGAGGAGGUGGAGAAGGAGAAGCAGAGGUAGCGGGAUGUCAGGGCCCUGCCGUCGCCAGACCGGAAGGAGGUAAAUACGCCACGGUGACCCACCGCGUCAGCCGCAGCCACUCCGUCCGCAACCAGGAGAAGAACGCAAACCGCAACCAGACGCAGUCCUUCGCUCUGCGGCAGAAGAAAAAAGGCCCGCCGCCUCCACCGCCCAAGCGCUCCAGCUCUGCCAUCUCCAGCUCCAACUCCAACCUGACGGACGCCACCAACGCACAGCCGCACACGCACACCACCACAGGAGGGAUGCUGGACGUGCCUUACCACCAACAGCGGCGGGCCAGCGACCUGGGAGUGUCCGUGGAGGCAGGCGCUGUGGAGACGAGCAGUGUGGGAAGUGUGAGGAGCAUCGCCGCCAUGCUGGAGUUGUCAUCUAUAGGGGGUGGACCAAAAGGCAAGGCGCUGCAGAAGAACUUCCUGCAGGUGGGGAAAACACGAGAUGCCAUCGGUUUGGACGGUGAAGUAGUGAACCGACGACGGACCAUCAGCGGCCCUGUCACCGAGCUGGUGGCAGCUGCCAGACGUGAACAGCCAACUCCCUCUGCGUUCCCCCCUCCAACCAUUCAACCUGAGACCUCCCCCAUCACCGUAAAUUCUCCGACACCCCCUCCGUCUUCGCCUCACCCCAGCUCGGGAGGCAGCGGCAGUUCAUCUGAGAACCUGCCGUUUGCAGAGGAGGGAAGCCUGACCAUCCGCCGGCAGGGUCGAGGAGAAGGAGAAGGACAGUGUGUAUUUUGUGUUUGUCUGCAGGGUGACGGCGAGGGUCACCAUGGAGACGGGGGUUACACGCCAGAGGACAUCUCCAGGGUUGAGGGCACGGCGACCUUAAAGCGACGGCCCCGCAGCUCCAAGUCCCACCCCAAUGGCUCCGACUUCACCCUCCAAGAGUCGUCCACCGUCAAACGACGGCCCAAGAGCCGCGACAAGGAGCCCGAGGGCUUCGCGGAGAUGGCCGCAGCUAACGGAGAGCCCGUGGCGACUGGGCAACCGAACACCACGCAGCCAGUACCCUACCAGAACGGCACGGCCACCGUGAAACGCCGCCCGGUGUCUGAUGCCGGAGUGACAGAGCAGCCGCAACCGCAACCUCAACCUCAACCCCAAUAUCAACCUCAACCUCAACCACAAGUGACUGCUCCUCCUCGCAGGGACAGUUUGGACCAAGGGGCUCCAAUGAGCAAUGAGGGAGGUCCAGUCAGGAAACCAAAGCCUCCAGUCUCCCCGAAGCCUGUUGUGGCACAGAUAAAGAGACAGGGAGGCCCGCCAACACCUCCACACCCUGCCGCCAACAAGAGAGUCCCCCUGCCUGGCCCCGGGACACCUGGAAGCCCAGUGGAAGGAAAGAAGAUCCCUCCGCCUGUCUCGCCCAAACCGGUGCCCCCGCCCACGGCGCCCAAACCAGCCAAGCUCAUCCACUCCAUGACCAGCCCCCCCUUCAACGACUCGGUCAAGCAACACUCUGUGGUGGCCCGACAGACCAGCUCGCCACCUUCCUUCCCCCCUUCCAACAUCCCCAGCCCGCCAAACGCCAAGAGCCCGUCUUCUCAGAGCCCGCACACCCCGCAGACCCCCACCACACCACAAACACCCCAGACUCCCGCCACUCCCAGUCCGACCCCGCCACCGGUCAAGCCACCACGGUCCUCCAUUGGGGGUGUGUCGGUAGAUAGCGGGAUGACGGGAGGCGGAGUCACAGCACCGGCCCCUGCGACGCCGGACUUUGGCGUAGAUUCUUUGGUGCAUCAGAAGCUGGAGGAGACGAGCGCGUCGCUGGCCGCGGCUCUGCAGGCUGUAGAGGACAAGAUACUGCGGCAGGAGGACUCUGUGGCCGAGCAGAAGACCACCGUCAGCAUCCUCGACGAUAUCGGCAGCAUGUUCGAUGACCUGGCCGACCAGCUGGACGCCAUGUUGGAGUAACCGUAGAAAACGGUUAGCGCGUCUCCACGGCAACAGGAGUGACUCAGAUGGCACAAUGGGCAAACACGCCUCUCUAUCUCUCUCUCUCUAUCUCUCUCCUCCUCUUUCUAUCGCGCUCACCCCCUCCUCACUCCUCCUGCCGUCCAUCCAUCACCACUCUGAAAAAAAAACCUCCUCUCCUCCUCCUCCUCCUCUUCCUCCUCUUCCUCUUCCUUUCAUCUCCUCCUCUGCCGCUGAUGAUGAAAACGAGGCAGGCACGGACAGACAUGAGGCAGAGAGUGCAAAGAGCGGAGGAUGGAUAAAGAGAGAGACACUAAAAAAAAAGGACCAAAAAAGGUGAAGAGGAGAGAAAACUACAAAAAAGAAAAAAAACAGAAGAUGAAGAAAACAGAGGAGACUGCAAUCAAACGUGGCUCUUUAAGAACUCCACAUGGACGAACAAAUAAACUAAACUAAUUAUGAUUGAAAAACCAACUGUGUAAUGAAUCAUAGUAUGGUAUGUGUACAUUCUAAGCAUGGAGAGUUUAUAUCUACUGAAAAAGUCCUGCAUUAGCACAGUAAUAUAUAUAAUAUACCGAUAAAUAUGAAUCUAGCUCUUUGGUUUGAUGUCUUGGUUCUGUGUGGAAUGGUGACCUCUGGUGUUGUGACGAUGUAAAUGACUUGGUGGAAAGAUUUUUAUGUGACCAAAACGAGACUAUUUUGCUCCUGAGGUGUGUGUGUGUGUGUGCCUGUGUGUAUGCAUGCAUGUGUGUGUGUGUGUGUGUGUGUGUGUGUGUGUGUGUGUGUGUGUGUGUGUGUGUGUGUGUAAGACAUGUGUGAGUGCGUGCGCUCGCUGAUUGUCGGAAAAAAUUCCAGGAUCACGUUCAGUUUCCUUACCCUGGCUGCAUCCAUACACUCUGCUGCAUCCUCAUAAUCACCCUCAGCACACACACACACAAGCACACAUAGGAGAAGCACAAUGACCCAUGCAGCCAGCUUGCACACACACACACACACACACACGCGGGAGCCUGCACAAGAUCAGUUCAACUGAAAGAAGAGGAGGGAGGGAGAAGACUGCAGUGAGGCUACAGCAGGUCGUCUGAAGACAGAUGUAAGGUCCUGGAAGGAAGUUUUGGAAAGUUUUGGAGAAGGAUUAAAGGGGGGUUGGAGUGCAAGGUUUUAUCAAGGCGAGGUAAAUGUGAUAGUCAGAUCAGGGUGUAGCAGCAAACUUCAGGUUUCCCCACACUCAGUCAGAAUGAAAUUCAAUGACUGAAACAUCAGUUUGUUGUUCAGAACCCUUUAAAUUCAUCAUCCUGUCAAAUUAUGAACUUUAUGAAGUUUAAGUAGGCCUGAGUUAAUCCAGCGUUUACAGAUAACCUCUCCAGUAUUUGUCUCAUAUCCAAAAUUUAAAGAUCCCCUCUACAAAUCAAUGAUUAAACCUACUACUUCUAUUUCUGCUCCUUCAUUGAAACAUCUAUGAAUAUGUUUAUAUUUUUAUUCUCACCACUAGUUUAACACUGUGGGCGUGUUUCACUGUGUUCAAACUCAAUGCAGUUAUUUUUGUGUAAGCUAACAUGAGGGCUGCCUGAGUCACAGUGGAAACACAUGACAAGAUCAGUAGCUGCCCCAGUACUGGUGGGUCCAGAAUAUAUAAGAUCCAGAACUUUCCUGAGUCCCCGUGUCAGGAUCCCUGAUCAGAAUUUGGACCAAAGCCUCUCCUGACAGCUCCAUGUGGACGACCGUCCUCUUCCCAUCUCUUAUCUCACACUCUCCUAACCACCCACUCCGUGUUGCCAUGACAAUCUACAUCUACAUACCCUCACCAUCCUCAUGGGCAUCACCAUGGUUACUACACAGUGUUGCCAUGACAGUGCAGUCAUGGGAUAAAAAAAAACAACAAAACAAAAAAAAGUGCUAAGAUGGAGCGAGUGGCGGCAGUAGAGAUCUGUGAAGCUAGAUGGUUUAAAGGGGCACUCCUGACAUGUAUUGGGGGUCCUACACUUCCCAUAAUGCAACUCAACAGUCUUUAAUUAGACCCUUUCUUCCUGGUAGAAAUCUGUCUUUCAAACUCUAUGACCUCAGAUUGUAUGAAAUUCUUAAAGUGAUAAAAUUAUACUCAAUGAAAUAACCCUGAUGACAUCACCAUGACAUCAUCAAGGGUAUUUUUUUCAGAUUGGACUCCUCCAGACUCAAAGAAAGCUGAGCUGUACUAACUGGGACGAGUAAACCGUCCUUCGUAAAGUUGAUAGAGUGUCCCUUUAAGUUUCCCUCUAACCAAUCACAGCCUGAUCCGGUGAGCAGCAACUCAACUUGCACCGCGGCCCAUGAAGAAAAUCUCAGUGUCACAGUCCCACAGCGGCCACACUCCUUAUGUAAAUGACAAAGAAUUCAGAGAAUAGUUGUGGUAUUUAAAUUAUGAUCACAUAGAGAUUAUAUAUAUGGAUAUUUGCAACAAAAAAAAGAAGUGUAUUUAUGAUGUGUGUGUCAUCCUGAAGACUAUUUUUCAAAGUGAACAGAUCUAAUCUGAGUGUUUGCUUUUCCAUGCUUCAGUGGUCUGAGCUGAUCAAUCAUUGUAGGAUACCAUGUCGGGAUGUUUCCAGGGAGACUUUCUGUUUUUUUAUUUUGAUCGUGUACAUGUGUCCAGGUGUGGCGAUGUGUAUAAUAAUAAUAAUAAUGUUCAGUUUGAUCAUUUUUGUAUUAUUUUUAAUGCAAUGUUCCGUUUUGUUCUUUUAUUUCAAACAUGUGCCUUGCUUUGUGAUUUUGGUCUGACUACAAUACAGUAGAUGGGUAUGUACACUAUACAGGCAUCUCUCUCGCUCUCUUGUUCUCUUAUUUAAUAUUCUGUCAUAAAAAAAAGUAUGCCCCCCCCACCACCACCAAUGAGACGUGAUAUCUGAAACAUGAAAUCAUCAGACCUAUACAAAACCUGGUAUGAACCAGUGUUUCACAAUGCGUUCAAAUGCUCACAGAAAAGUACAACAUCUGGAUCUCCCAGGUUAGCUAUCCACAUUCAUGCGCAAUUUUAAAGCUAGUGACAUUAAAGGUAGCAAUAGUACAACAUAUUGGGUUUAAAAAUGCUCAGACUCAAAUAAGAACAUUGAUACCAUUGUCAUAACAUCUGUACAGUUAAUAUGAAGCUACAUUCAGCAGCUGAUUAGCCCAGCUUAAAGGUCCAGUGUGUAAGAUUUGGAGCCUUUAUUUUCAGAAUAAGGCAGACAUGGAAUAUAAUAUUCAUAACUAUGUUUUCAUGCAUGUAUAAUCACCUGAAAAUAAUAAUCUUUCUGUUUUUUGUUACAUAAGAAUUCUCCUUUUAUAUCUACAGUAUGAGCGGGUCCACUUUCAUGAAGACCACCAUGUUGAAACACUGUGUUUCUACAGUAGCCCAGAACAGACAAACUAAACACUGACUCUAGUCAGGGUCUUUAAAGUGUUGUUUCUCUUUACACUAGGAAGGUGAGGGUGAUGUGAGGAGACUGCGAUUAGUCCACUAGAUGUAACUAGAUUCUACACACUGGACCGUCUGGAAACGUGGGAAAAGCUAGCUAGCUCACAAACAUACAGUUAUACUACAGCUGUUAGCUGCUUCGUGUUACCAGUCCUUGUGCUAAGCUACGCUAACUAGCUGCUAGCAGUAGCUUCAAGUAUAUGAGAGUAGCAUUAGUCUUCUCAUUUAACUCUCAGGAAAUUAGCAUAUAAGCAGAUCCGCCAUGUUGAACAGCUGUUCAAAGGAGAUUUACUGAAAACGCACCUGAUCAGUACAAUUAGUUUUCAUGGUUGAUUCAGCUGGUACCACGUGUGUGUUAAACGUAGGUCUGUCAUGUUUUUCUACACCCAGUGCGUAGUUUGAAUUUCAUCACUGUGUUCAGAGAUACAGACGCCGACCUGAUGUUUGUGUGAAUUUACAAGAAGAAAUGGGAGUUUAGCAGCACAUGAACGCAGCAUGCUAACAUAGCUUCCAUGGCAACUUCGCCUGAUCAGAUUCCGCUGACUCGGCUGCACAAAGAGGUCAAAGGUCAACUCUCGUUCCCUCACGCAAUUUAACAUAGCAGACAUGCCCCCGACCUCCUCCUGUCCCGGCUGCAGCUCACAGUCACAGCCCUGUCACAUUUUUUUUUCUGGGUCUCAUUUUGGUCAUCUCGUGUUGUCGGCAUUACUUUGCAGUGUUCAGGGUUCUGGUGGGCAUCAGGCUACACAGGUGAAAUCAUGUAGAUGGUGAAAAAAAGAAAACAGAUGGUCAGAUAUGUUGUGGAGCAAAUGUAUGUUGAUUUUCUUGAAGACAAAAGCUGUUUUGAUUUGAUUUCCCGCCUGUGCUUAUCUGAACGAUACCGGACUGGUGUCUCCUCUGCUCUGCAGUGACUGUAUGUGAAUGCUUGAGAGGCUGUGUGUGUGUGUGUGUGUGUUAUGUGUUGCUCUGCUAUUGACUGUAUGAAACCUGUGUGUGCGUGAGUGUGUGUGUGUUGUAGUGACUGGACAGUGGUGUGCUUGCAGUGACUGCAUCUUAUGGCCAUCUGCUCUGAAUAAAUAAAUGUUCUAUACAAACUGA